UAACGUUUGUUUUGUUUUCUUUUGUUUUUUCUAGAUCCUAACGGCCAAUCAGCGCGCGCAGGAAAUCGCGCUUUCUUCAACUUUUGUUUUGUUUUGGUCGCUGUGGCGUGAAGCCGCGUGCUCCGGGGGAUUAAAACUGUUCACUUUCACUUUAGGGCACAGAUAGUUUCGGUAGUUUGACUUUUUAAUGAGUUAUUCGCUCGGAAAACGCGACGCAGUGACUCGUCCGCGCGCAGUUCUCGCGUAACCGCUGCAUUAUUAAACACGCGGAAGGAGCAGGAAGAUGCCGAUGGUUCUGCGGUCCCGUAAGUCCAUCCGUGCCCCGGAGCUCUCGGACUCGGACUCGCAGCGGGACAGUCCCGGGUCCGGACCACACGGCUCUGCCCCGCCGCCGCCUCAACCGCCGCUUCGCCACAGGAGGAGGAAGUCCACGCGGCUCCAGGUCAGACGCACCAAAUACGAGGAGGGGGACGAUUCGGACUCGGAUUCGGGCCAGAACUUGGGUUUGGACAAGACUGAGGAUUUAAGCCGAGAGGGAGAAGGAGAAAUGCACAUCCAGAGCUGCAGUAUUUUAUUGAACCGCCUCGAAGCCGAACGGGACGAAAUGAACCGGAAGAGCGGGAUUCCCAAACCGGCCUCACGGAUCCCGACGUUCCACAAGAAAACCACGACCGCGGAGGGCCCCCGGGCCAGACCCGCGGAGGCCCGAGAGCGCUCCCUGCCCGCCCCGUCCGUGCGCUCGCCGUUCCCCAGCUCCGACGUCGCCGCGGAGACCGUCGUCGUCGUCACGCACGCCGUCUCCUCCGCCGCCGCCGUCCCGAAAACGCUCCCGUCCGAGUCGUACCUGAGCGCCAGCCCCAGACCGGCGAUCAGACCGGACCGGGCGUCGCACCAGCAGCUCCCGGACCGGACCAGGACCGGGACCGAGAUCAGGACCGGGACCGGGUCUGGAUCGGAGGAGGAGGAGGAGAGGGAAGAGGCGGCGGGAGAGAGAUACGGAUUCAGGAAAGAGGAGAGGAAAGGAAAGCGGGGGACGGAGACGGAGAGAGCGACGACGAAGAAGAAGAAGAAGAGGGAGAGCGUGAGGAGGAGGAGGAGGAGGAGGAGGAGGAGGGCAUCACGGAGGAGCAGCCGCCGUGGGAGAACGAGACUCUGGAGCUCCGGGCCAAAGAGUUGGUUGUGUCUUCAACGGACGAGGACGAGGCUCCGGUCGCAGAGUCCGAGGUCCAGAACGUCGAGUCUCUGAAACCGGACGAGAAACACAAGGAAGAAAAAGACGAGAAAAGGAAGAAAAAGAAGAAAAAGAGGAGAAA